AUGGCUCCCGCGAAAGUCGCUCUUCCAGGUGGAACCGGCAACCUCGGCCCCGCCAUUCUCAAAGCGCUCCUCGACGCCAACAUCUCCGUGACCGUUCUCUCACGCACAUCCACCAAACCCAUCGACCCGCGCGCCAAGCUCGUAGAAGUCGACUACAGCUCCCUAUCAUCCCUUCAAUCCGCCCUGGAAGGGCACGACGCCGUCGUAAACGCCCUCGGCCAGGCCCCACAGGACGUCAGCAUCCGACUCAUCGACGCCGCCGUCGCCGCGGGGGUGAAACAUUACCUUCCGUCCGAGUUCGGCGUCGACACGUUCAACGAGGACGUGCGGAAGCUCCCCGUCUUCGCGGGAAAAGUCGCGGUACAGGAACAUUUGGAAAAGGUCGUGCAGAAAAACCCCUCGUUUAUCUAUACAUUGCUAGUGACGGGGGCGUUUCUGGACUUCGGACUCGAGAAGAACUUCAUUUUGAAUGUUGCCGGACCUGUUGCGGAUUUGUAUGAUGGCGGAGAGAGGAAGAUCAGCACGACGACGUUAGCGGGGAUUGGACAGGCUGUUGUGGGGAUUCUGCAGAAUCCCGAGGCCACGAAGAAUAAGGCUGUGUAUGUCAGCGAGGCGGACGUGUCGCAGACCGAGCUGUUGAAGAUAUCAGGGAAGGAGGUAGAGACGAGGGUGGUGAAGACGGAGGAUCUGGAGAGGGAGGCGUAUGACGAGUUGAAGAAGCCAGAGCCCAGUCCGAGGGUGUUUGCGGUGAACUUCAUCAAGACGGCGUUGUUUGGGGAACGCUUUGGGAGCUGGUUCCAGCCGCCGAAGCAGUCGAAUGAGGUGGUUGGGGUGAAGUAUUUGAGUGAGGAGGAGCUGAGGGAUGUGGUGGUGAAGAGCACUAGAGGAUAG